CCCCAGACUAAAAACCCUCGCGCACAGAGUCGGUCAGUCGCUAUUGAAGAUUUCCAUCAAACUCGUUAUCUUCACUUCGCCUUCCACUCCCAGUCUCCACUCUCAUCUCACCUUUUGAGUCGCACUCCGAUUGCUUUUGUUGCAGCUUCUCUUCUGCAGGUCGGUCCCAAGGCGGGUGGGUAUUCACAUUUUUGCUGAGAAAGAUGAAGAAUGUGGUGGGGAUGGUCGUUUCCAAUAAGAUGCAGAAAUCGGUGGUUGUGGCAGUGGAUAGGCUGUUUCAUCACAAGCUCUACAACCGAUAUGUGAAGAGGACAUCCAAGUUCAUGGCCCACGAUGAGCACGAUCAUUGCAACAUUGGAGACCGAGUUCGAUUGGAGCCUUCACGCCCUUUGAGCAAACGUAAGCAUUGGAUUGUUGCUGAAAUCCUCACCAAAGCACGCAUUUAUCAGCCUCCUUCACCAUCAGCUUCAGCUGCAGCUCCACUUCAUUCUAGUUCUUAAGUAUGUUUGCCGCCACGUGCAACUUGUAACAUCAUGUGCCACCAUCAUGUCAGUUCCACCUGCUCUCUUAAGGCAUCUCUUCAGUUUGUGUCUUGUUGGCAUUCACUUUCCUUCAUAUGAUCUCCUACUGUAGUUCUAUCCAGAUCCUAUUCUUCCACUAUCUUGACACUUCUCUUGACCCCCCUUUCCUAUGGAUUUGCCAACAACUUCUAAAUCUAAAAAAGUUCGGCGAGAGAAAACCCCAUGUCUCUACAAGGGCAUACGAAUGAGGGCUUGGGGUAAAUGGGUUACAGAAAUAAGAGUUCCAAAGUCUGGAGGAAGGAUAUGGUUGGGCUCUUAUGAUACUGCUGACGAGGCAGCUCGAGCCUAUGAUGCAGCUGUAUAUUGCAUUUAUGGUGAAUGUGGGAGAUUCAAUUUUCCAGAUUUCAGAAGGCCAGUGCUUCCUGCAGGCUCUAUGGUUUCCUUGUCCAAGGGGGAUAUUCAGCAGAUUGCCAUGAAUUUCGCUUCAGCUAAUGUACCAGAGUCUUUGCCGGUUUCAGCUACUGUGAAAACUGAGGUACAAGCUGAUACACCCACUUCUCCAAAUGUACUGGUUUCUAAGGAUAUGGCAAGUGCAUAUGAGGUAAAGGUUGAUCCUCUUGCCCCAACCUGUGCAAGUGGAGCAGGUUCUGCUGAUCCACCUGAAGAUUUCCACCUUGAUGAUUUCCGUAUGCUGGAUACAGAUUGGAUAGCUGAUUUCUAUUAGGUAUUUUUGUGCAAAAUAGGAUGUGUAUUUGCAUUUCUAGUGUAUAUGUGUAUUUAUGUGCAUAUAUGACUUUCUAUCUGUG